CCACAGACCACUGGGAACGCGAGGGGCGGGGCGCAGAAUGAGCGAGGGGUGGGAGUGUGGUCUUCUCGCGUGAACUGAUGGCGUCAUCGAAGCGACGGCCCGGAAGGAAGUCGCGUGUUGAGGGGUGUGGCGGAUUCUACCGUUGCACUGGGGCUCGGACCAGUACGGAGCGCCUGGAGGGACAGCCUGGUACGCGGCCCCCGCCCCUGUGUACGCGCGCUGGGCCUAGCUGCUGCUCUCGGCCGGGACUAACCCGCCACCCUCGGGAACCCCUGUCCCAGCAGCCCGUCUCCCUCAGCCGGCCCGCUCCUGGAGCGAGACAGAAACCCUCUUCUGUCGCGUCCCCUCCUUGCGAGCCUCAGGGGGACCGAGCGGAGACUCUUGGAGCCGCAGCCCCAGCCCAGGGUGCUUGACCCUCUCUCGGAACGGGGCGGGGAAGGGGCACGAUUGACCUCGGGGAGGGAAGGGCACUGGCAGAAAGGACGCAACCGCAGAUCGGUAGCCGGAGGCCGCCACGGUAAAAUCAGCGCCUCGCAGAUGUCCGCGCCCGGGUCACGUUUAGACCUGGGAGGCAGAAUCCACGCCCUGCGCUCACGGGCCCGCGCACGCACAGCUGAACUUUGCAGUCACCAUAGUUCCAGAUCAUUCAGCGUUCAGGAUCCACCUCCUCCGCGUCCUGGUGCCUGAACGCGGUUGGACCCGGGAGCCCAGAGGCUCCCAGUUUGGGACAUUCCCUUUGUCUCUGACCACGAGCUUGGGGAUCUGUCAGGUGUAAAGUGCGAGAAUAUAUGGGGGGAGUGUGGCUCCAGGCUUGUUGAGAGCUCUGUCCUAUUUAGGGCUAAAGGAAUAAAUGGGAAGGUGGAUGCGAGGCCAGCGAAUCCUACCUUGGAACUCUGUUCGCCUGCCGGCUCUGGCACUCCAGCAUCUGAAAGGAGAUACAGGCUCACUGAUGGCUCAGUUGGGAGCAGCUGUGGCCGUGGUUUCCAGUUUCUUUUGUGCAUCUCUCUUCUCAGCUGUGCACAAGAUAGAAGAGGGACAUAUUGGGGUAUAUUACAGAGGCGGUGCCCUGCUGACUUCGACCAGCGGCCCUGGUUUCCAUCUCAUGCUCCCUUUCAUCACGUCAUAUAAGUCUGUGCAGACCACACUCCAGACAGAUGAGGUGAAGAAUGUACCUUGUGGGACUAGUGGUGGUGUGAUGAUCUACUUUGACAGAAUUGAAGUGGUGAACUUCCUGGUCCCGAAUGCAGUGUAUGAUAUAGUGAAGAACUAUACUGCCGACUACGACAAGGCCCUCAUCUUCAACAAGAUCCACCACGAGCUGAACCAGUUCUGCAGUGUGCAUACACUUCAGGAGGUCUACAUUGAGCUGUUUGAUCAGAUUGAUGAAAAUCUCAAACUGGCUUUGCAACAGGACCUGACCUCCAUGGCCCCUGGGCUGGUCAUUCAAGCUGUGCGGGUGACAAAGCCCAACAUACCGGAGGCAAUCCGCAGAAACUACGAGUUGAUGGAAAGUGAGAAGACAAAGCUGCUCAUUGCAGCCCAGAAACAGAAGGUGGUGGAAAAGGAAGCAGAGACAGAGCGGAAGAAGGCACUCAUUGAGGCAGAAAAAGUGGCACAGGUGGCUGAGAUCACCUACGGGCAGAAGGUGAUGGAGAAGGAGACUGAGAAGAAGAUUUCAGAAAUCGAAGACGCUGCAUUUCUGGCCCGGGAGAAGGCAAAGGCGGAUGCUGAGUGCUAUACUGCUAUGAAAAUAGCCGAAGCCAAUAAGCUGAAGCUGACCCCUGAAUAUCUGCAGCUAAUGAAGUACAAGGCCAUUGCUUCUAACAGCAAGAUUUACUUUGGCAAAGACAUUCCUAACAUGUUCAUGGACUCUGCGGGCAGUGUGAGCAAGCAGUUUGAGGGGCUAGCUGACAAGCUAAGCUUUGGCUUAGAAGAUGAACCCUUGGAGACAGCUACUAAGGAGAAUUGAAAAAAAAAACUUUAUACGACUGCAAAAUGAUACUUAAGCAGAUCUUUAUUUUUUAAGAUGAAUCAGAAUGUUCCUGCCUCCCCCACUACCUUCUUUGACUGUCUUCAAGUUACUGUGGUGAAAAAGAAGAAAUGAACUUAAAUCUACUCGCCUUCCAGGGAACGGAGGGUGGGGACUGACGAUAGGGGGUUUUAUUUCAGGUAAGCAGUUUAUAUGACUUCCGAUAAGAUUUGUAAACCAUGGGCUUGACCUUUGACCUUGAGACACUAAUUUUAUCCUUUGAGGCUGGCUUAAUUAGGGAUGCUAUCAUUAAGGGAGGGGAGAAAUGUAGAGUGUUGUCUCCAACUGAUUUGAUUUCCCUUAUUUGGGAAAAAUGUAGUCCAGUAUUCUCGCCUCUGCCUCUGAGGUGGGAGAUGUCUGUGAGUGAGGCUCAGCAACUGAGCAAAUAGGUGAGUUUGCCAGUAGAGCUGUGGAGAAACAGCUGCAGAGAACGUUCGACCCUCCUGGCA